UUUGCAAGCCUCGGCAAACAACAAAGACUUCCGAGGAGCCAAACGGGGGAAGCAGAGGAGGAAAAAAAGAAGAAGGAAAUAAAAGAAAGAAGAGCCUCCUUCUCCUCUCUGCAAAACAAUACCGUGCGCAUCCCUCCUUAUCUUACGCACCCCUGGUUGGCUUUUCCCUCCAUCUCAUCCACAUCUUCAUCAGAUACUUUGAUUCCUUGAUUUUCUCGCUUGUGAUUUCAAAUGGGCAUUGGUGAAAUCUAUCUAGAUCCAUGGGAACGAUCUCUCUCUUGAGGGGUUUUUGAUCUGUUGGUCGGAUUUCAUCCUUCUUUCUCGUCUGUUGAUGUAUCUUAUCAUCUUCACGAUAGAUCGAAAUGCGAAGAAACUAUACCGGUUUCUAAGCAUUCUCAAGCUCUUGUAUCUGCCCUUUCAGCAGAAAGGCUUCUCCUUUUGUCUCCCGAGAGAUCGAUGGGAUAAGGAGUUUGCCAUGUUGCAGGCGGGGUAAUUUGGUAAUCGGGUCUUUCUCUGGUACUUUCGGGGUUUUUUUUUUUUCCUUUUUAUUUUGGGGUGAGAGGGGAUCGAGAUGGGCUCCUCGCAAGGAUCGACGCUGACGACGAACGUGGCGGAAUUCGUUGACGGGUCGUCGGCUCGUGGGGAGGUUUGCUUCGUUGAUUGCUUGCCGGUUUAUGUUAAGGAGCUGAUUGCUGGAGGGACGGCAGGGGCGUUUGCAAAGACGGUGGUUGCCCCGUUGGAGCGGAUCAAGAUUCUUUUGCAGACAAGAACUGAAGGGUAUCAUUCUCUGGGAGUGCUACAAUCUUUAAAGAAGUUGAUGAAGAAUGAGGGUGUUCUAGGUUUCUACAAAGGAAAUGGUGCUAGUGUUCUUCGGAUUGUUCCAUAUGCAGCAUUACACUUCAUGACAUAUGAGCAAUAUCGAUGUUGGAUUCUGAGCAACUAUUCUGCCUUGGGAACAGGACCUUUUAUAGAUCUUUUAGCUGGUUCAGCGGCUGGAGGAACAGCAGUUUUAUGUACUUAUCCCUUAGAUUUGGCUCGAACCAAACUUGCUUAUCAGGUGAGAGGCCCAAGUGGAAGUUUUGGACAUGGUAUGAAUAGUUUUCAAAUCCAGCCAGCUUACCAUGGGAUAAAAGAUGUGUUUAAGAGUGUUUAUAUGGAAGGUGGAGUACGUGGUCUGUAUCGAGGUGUGGGUCCAACACUCAUUGGGAUACUCCCAUAUGCUGGUCUGAAGUUCUACAUAUAUGAGGAGCUCAAGACCCAUGUCCCUGAAGAACACCAAAAGUCUGUAGCAAUGCGUCUUUCUUGUGGAGCUUUAGCUGGUCUGUUUGGACAGACGUUCACAUACCCAUUAGAUGUGGUUAGGCGGCAGAUGCAGGUUCAGAGUAUGCAGUCAUCAAUUCAACAAGGUGAUCCCGAAUUCAGAAGCACAAUGCAAGGGCUCACCACCAUUGUCCAUAGGCAAGGAUGGAGACAGUUGUUUGCUGGUCUGAGCAUCAACUAUGUGAAGAUUGUCCCUUCAGUGGCCAUUGGUUUCACUGCCUACGACAUGAUGAAGUCUUGGCUACGGGUGCCUCCUCGAGAGAAAGCUCGUGUGUCGGUAUCUGCAUGAGGCGAGGAUUAAUGGUCAAUGUGAUAGGUGGGGUUGUGGACAACCCAACUGACCGUCGGGUUGAGUUGCCAAUGCUUGAGUAUGUGAAGCUGGCUUGACAGCAGGUCACAUUAUUUGGAUGCAGUGCAGUAAAUGUGAUAGUUGGGGUUGUGAAGCUGGAUUGACAGCUAUUGGCAUUGUUUAGGUGCAGUACAGUAAAAGUGCGGAGCAUGUUAUCCCCCCUAAGCUGUGUUUGGCACAAGAAAUAUAAGAAAACUUACAUACUGGCUUCAAAAUGCA